AUGGCUACAAAUUCCGUGCCCAAGGCCAUGGAAGCCUUGUCCAUUUCUAAAACCAAGGAAUUGAAAGGGACCGAAAAACGAGACUCCUUGGUUGUCAUCGAGAAGAAGUACCAACAAAAAUGGCAAGAUGACAAGGUCUUCGAAGUCGACGCCCCUACGACCUCUGAAGUGCCCCUGCACUCAGUCUCCGCCUCCGAGCUACGAGAAAGGAUCCCCAAGUUCUUUGGAUGCAUGGCAUAUCCGUACAUGAACGGUACUCUGCAUGCCGGUCACACCUUUUCGGCCAGCAAAGUCGAGUUUGCCGCUGGCGUUGCGAGAAUGCAGGGAAAACGUGCUCUGUUCCCCAUGGGUUUCCACUGCACCGGUAUGCCUAUCAAGGCCUGCGCCGACAAGCUGAUUAGCGAGAUUGGAAAGUUUGGCAAGGACUUUUCUGGCUACAACGAGAACGAGGGUGAUGCUGUUGACGAGGAGCCAACUGCGGCAGUCGCUAGCCAGACCAAGGAGGACGUCACCAAGUUCACUACCAAUAAGAGCAAAGCCAAGGCGAAAACUGCCAAGAUGAAGUACCAGUUCCAGAUUAUGCAGGCGAUUGGUAUUCCCACAAACGAAAUUCAUCGGUUUGCUGACCCUCAGCACUGGCUCGAGUUCUUUCCCCCUCUGGCGAUACGAGACUUGACUAGCUUUGGCUGCAGAAUUGAUUGGCGCAGGUCCUUUAUCACGACCGACGCCAACCCUUACUACGACGCCUUUGUCCGAUGGCAAAUGAAUCGCUUGAAGGAGCUGAACAAGAUCAAGUUCGGAAAGAGAUAUACCAUUUACUCCAUCAAGGAUGGACAGCCUUGCAUGGAUCACGACCGUGCCGAAGGGGAGGCUGUCGGUCCACAGGAGUACACUGCUUUGAAGCUGAGAGUCUUGGAAUGGUCGCCAAGGGCUGCAGAGGCUGUCAAGGGAAAGGUCCCUGAAAGUGCCGACAUCUUCUUGGUCCCGGCCACUCUGAGACCUGAGACCAUGUAUGGCCAGACGUGCUGCUUUGUGGGACCCAAGAUCACGUAUGGUCUGUUCAAGGCUGGUGAGAACUCAUAUUAUGUCGUCACAGAAAGAGCCGCUCGCAAUAUGGCGUACCAAGGCAUUCUGGCCCGAGAAGGGGUUGUUGAGAAAGCCGGCGAAAUCCAGGGCAUUGACAUGGUUGGAAGUUUGGUGAAUGCACCACUGUCAUGUCACAAGGAAGGGGUCCGCGUCUUGCCCAUGGAGACUGUCCUGCCCACCAAAGGGACUGGUGUCGUCACGUCUGUGCCCUCAGACAGUCCUGAUGACUUUGCCACCGUCACCGACUUGGCCAAAAAAGCCGAUUACUACGGCAUCAAGAAGGAAUGGGCUGAGUUGGAGAUCUUUCCUAUUAUUGAAACUCCCUCAUACGGCGACUUGUGCGCUCCUUUCUUGGUCAAGAAGUUGAAGAUUGCUUCUCCCAAGGACACCAAGCAACUGGAAGAGGCCAAGGAGUUGGCAUACAAGGAGGGCUACUACCAGGGCGUCUUGAAGGUCGGCGACUUUCAGGGUGAAAAGGUGGAGAGUGCCAAACCCAAAGUUCGCGCCCAGUUGAUCGACGCUGGCGAGGGAUUCGCCUAUUCUGAACCCGAGCGAAAGGUUGUUUCUCGAUCUGGCGAUGACUGUAUCGUUGCUCUGAUGGACCAAUGGUACCUGGAUUACGGUGAGGAGAAAUGGAGACAGACGGCUCUGAAAUGGGUUGAGAACGCUGAUGGCAAGGGCCUGAACACUUGGGCUCCCGAGACCAGGCACAGCUUCGAGGGUGUGUUGAACUGGCUGAACCAGUGGGCCUGCGCCCGUACCUACGGCCUGGGAUCAAAGCUGCCCUGGGAUCCUCAAUUUCUGGUUGAGAGCUUGAGCGAUUCCACCAUCUACAUGGCCUACUACACCGUGUGUCACUGGUUGCACGGUGACUUGUAUGGACGUGAGAAGGGCCUUGGCAACGUUGCUCCCGAACAGAUGACGGACGAUGUCUGGGACUACUUGUUCUGUCGUCGCGACUUGAGCGAUAAAAUCCUGAACACGUCCAAGAUCCCGCAGGCCACAUUGGAAAGCAUGCGCCGGGAGUUUGAGUACUUUUACCCCCUGGAUGUGCGAAGCUCCGGUAAAGACUUGAUACCCAACCACUUGACCUUCUUCUUGUACAUCCACCUGGCCAUCUUCCCCCCGGAGUACUGGCCUCGAGGUAUCCGGGCCAAUGGUCAUCUGAUGCUCAACGGAGAGAAGAUGGCCAAGAGCACUGGCAACUUCAUGACCCUGCGCGACCUGGUCGAAAAGUACGGCGCCGAUGCCUCGCGCAUCGCCAUUGCCGACGCCGGUGACGGAGUGUCGGAUGCCAACUUCGAAGAGGACGUUGCCGACAACAACAUCCUGCGCCUGUUCAACUUGCGCGAGUGGUGUGAAGAAAUGGUCCGGGAGGAAGCUGAGCUGCGCUCCGGUGGAACCAACACCUUCCAGGACGCGCUGUUCCUCAACGAAAUGAACGGCGUCGCGCGCGAGGCCGUCGAGCAAUAUGCCCAGACGAACUACAAGCUGGCCCUGAAGGCGGCCCUCUACGAAUUAACGGGCGCCCGUGACUUUUAUCGCGAGGCCUGCGCCGCCGGCGGCAUCAAAAUGCACAAGGACUUGGUCUUCAAGUACAUGGAGAUGCAGGCCCUCCUGAUGGCCGUCAUCGCCCCCCACUGGUCCGAAUACAUAUGGCUAGAAGUCCUCAAGAAGCCCAGCACCAUCCACAAGGCUGCCUUCCCCAGCGUGCCUCCGGUCGACGCGGCGCUGUCGGCCAAACGAGAUUACGUGCGCAACACAGCGUCCAACGUCAACUCGGCCGAGGGACUGCAGCUGAAGAAAAAGGCCAAGGGCAAGGAGACGUCUUUCGACCCCAAACGCCCCAAGAAGCUGACCAUUUACAUGUCGGACAAGUUCCCUGCCUGGCAGGCCAAGUACAUCGACCUGCUGAAGGAAAUGUGGGAUCCUGCUACAAAGUCGGUCAACGACAAGGAGCUGAAUGGGAGGAUUGCCAAGAUGGGCGAAAUGAAAAAAGCGAUGCCCUUUGCGCAGACGUUGAAAAAGCGUCUGCAGUCAGGCGAAUCCCCCGGCGUGGUUCUGGAGCAGAAGCUUGCAUUCAAUGAAAAGGAGACGCUGGCACAGAUGCUGCCCGGCUUGAAGAAGACUGCUGGCCUGGUGGAGUGUGAUGUGUUGGUCGUAGAGGAAGGCGGCAAGAAGGGCGUGAAGCUGGCAGAUGGUCAGGAGGUCGAUAUCACGGCACCGACGGCGGAGAAUGCCGUGCCCGGGGUGCCGACCUUUUUUUUCGAGAAUGUCGAUGUGUAG